AUGGACUCAGACUCGGAUGACUAUUCUAGUUCCCAAGGCGAUGAUGUGGACCCCUUUGCUUUUGUCGGAGCAGAAAUUGACGACUCAGUCGAUCCUCCUGGGUUGAAGUGCGAGCUUACAACUUAUGAUGCACGAUACAAUGCCAAAGGCGAACGAAUUCGGCUGGCGGCUGGCAAGAAGAAGCAAGUGGUAGCAAAUCGGCCAAGAGAUCACGACUCGGCCCUCGCCUUGACCCGAUACUACGAUCAUGACAAAGUCUUAGACUAUACCUCACUGGAGAUACGCUCACCUCAUGUGAAAGCUGCUUUACGAAAAGUUAUCCCGCUGUAUCCAGGGGUCAACUUGCACGCCAACAAAGUGACCAUUCGUGGUAUUCCAAAAUGUCUUUUCCAUUACCGACAGGAACUCGGAAUGUACGGAGGCACUCUCAAGGACCAGGAAGCCGUCAAACAUCUCAUAUUUGCUCUUCGAUACAUGUACGAUGCCCUUCGAGAUGAGGUAUCCAGCUACUACAACUUGAUGGAAUCGCCAAACAUCGAACCCGGCUUGCCAUUCCUCAACUUAUGGAUGGCAUUUCGGCCCGGUGAUCACAUCUACCUGAAGUCGAACGGCGUUGACAGAGUCUAUCGAUUCCUAUUCAUGGACAGAUGCGAAUGCUUCAACCCACAUUGUCGGAAAUCAAGAUGGGCACUCAGCCUCGAAGAAAUAGAUUAUGACGGGUCGGACUUUGGACACACCAAGGUCACCAGCUACAUCGACCCAUAUCAAGGCCACAUCCCACUCAAACACCUCAGAGCGUUCCCUUUGCAGUAUCACCCAAACAAACACGAAAUUACCGCCGCGAUGAUUGCCAGGGGACGCAAGUUCAUCGCCCUGCGUGGAGUCCAUUAUCUAGGCUACGAUGGCGUCGCAGAAGCACUCUCACAUACAAGGAACAAGACUUUUCUGGGAGAAGAUGAUGAAUUUCCGUUUCAGUCUGUUCCAGAUCAGAAGGACAUGAUACUUUCCCUUGUUAACAUUCAUUCUGAUCAACGAGUUGCAUUUGACGAUGUAAUCAAGGGCAAAGGAAAGGGAAUGAUAUUCCUACUCCACGGUGUUCCGGGGGUUGGCAAGACACUUACUGCAGAAAGCGUUGCGGACUAUACGAAACGACCCCUCUACACAGUGAGCUGUGGUGAGCUGGGUGUUGGAACAGAUUGUGUAGAAAACAAUCUUUCCUCUGCCCUAGAGCUAGCGACAAAAUGGAAUGCGAUCGCCCUCAUUGACGAAGCGGAUGUCUUUCUAGAACAACGAAGCGCCCACGACUUAGAGCGGAACAGCUUGGUAUCUAGUAAGUGUUUUCUUCCUACGAACGCUACUGAGCGUGCAAUGGAGUCCGAGGAUUUAAGGACAUUAGGAGAUCAUAGGGCGAAGCGACGUAGACUCGAUUGA